UCCACGCGCGUUGAGGGCAUUGUUUUGGACUUUUUGGCUGGAACCAACGUGCUUUUUUUGUGUUGUUGUUGCACGAUGGCCUCUUUUAGAAACUUUGGAAUAAACUGCGCAGUGCAGGAGAACAGCGUCUAUCGAGAAUAUUGUGCUUUUCAACUUUGGCUUUUCUGACUUGUUUCCAGCUUCUUCUUUUUUUUGUGUUGGUCUUGGGAUUUGCUUGUCGCUGGUCACUUCUUUCUUCAGCUGCAGAGUUUUCUCGAUGGCGUAGGUGGUUGCGAGAGUUUGUUCAAUCUUCUUCUUUUUUUUAAAUUUUUUAUAUCAAGCAGACACAUCUGGAUUAUGUGCGUAAAACCAAUCGGGAGUGUUUUAAAACCCCAGUGAGAAGCCGUCGUCGUCAGCCUUUCGGAGAAGGGGGAAUGCGGAGUGGAAACGGCGUCUAGGAGGAUGCUGCUGCUCCCACGAUGGAAGUGAAGAACUCUUUUGCUGCUGUUGCGGUGGCUUGUCUCUUCGUUUGCUCCACUUUCAGCCAAGAGCUCAAUCCCAAAGGCAGGAAUGUAUGCAAAGCACCCGGAUCACCGGGACUCGCGUGCUGCAGCGGAUGGGGGCAGCUAGGGGACGAGUGCCUGACGCCUCUCUGCGAAGGCAACUUCACCUGCAAGGAAAACGAGGUGUGCGUCAGGCCCAAUGAAUGUCGCUGUCGUCACGGAUACUUUGGAGCGAGCUGUGACACUAAGUGCCCGGCCCAGUUCUGGGGCCCCGACUGCAAGGGGAAAUGUAUCUGUUACCCCAACGGCCAGUGCGACGACUUGACCGGCGAGUGCACCUGCAACCACAACCGUUGGGGACACAACUGCGAGUACCCUUGCAUGUGCCAAAAGGGCAAGUGCGACCAGCAGACGGGCAAAUGCACGUGCCACCCCGGCAUCUGGGGUCCCCUGUGCAACAACAACUGCUACUGCAGCAUCAACUCCAUCUGCAAUGCCAAAACGGGGCGGUGCAUGUGCAACCCCGGUUGGACGGGGAGGAACUGCGCAAUCCAGUGCAACUGCAACAAUUCGCCGUGCGACCAGUUCACGGGGCGCUGCCAGUGCCGGGAGGUGCUGUGGGGCCCCCGGUGCGAACGCUACUGCCAGUGCGUCGAGGGCAAGUGCAACCAGGGGGACGGCUCGUGUACCUGCACGCCAGGGUACCGUGGGAAGUUCUGCAGGGAGCCGUGUCCUGCCGGGUUCUACGGUCAAAACUGCAGGAACAGGUGUGGGCACUGCAAGGGCCAGCAGCCCUGUAAGGUGACGGAGGGACGCUGCAUCACCUGCGACCGGGGCUGGAACGGGACACGGUGUGACCAGCUCUGCUCCAAGGGCUUCUUUGGCGACAACUGCCAGGAAGUGUGUCCCUCCUGUAAAGACGGACACCACUGUGACCCCAUUCGCGGCAAGUGCUCUCACUGCAACCCUGGCUGGAUUGGGGACAGGUGCGAGGUGCGCUGCCCCAACGGCACGUACGGCGAGAACUGCGAGAACAACUGCAGUCACUGUUUUAACGGCAUCUGUCACGUGGUCACCGGAGAGUGCUUGUGUGACCCGGGAUUUUACGGCACCUACUGCAAUAUGACCUGUCAACCCGGCCAGUAUGGAGUGAACUGCAACCAAACCUGCUCAUGCAAUGACAAGAACUGCGAUCCUGUGUCCGGUGCUUGCUAUCUCCAGCCCAACCAGCGGAUGGGUGUGAUCGCGGCUGGAACCCUGGUCUCCUUCUUGCUGAUUGUCCUCCUGUCGCUGCUGUGCUGCUGCUGCCUGUGUCGACACAAAGACGACCACAACAAAAAAGCCAAGCGGAUCCUGUGUGGACGAUUCAGCCGAAUCAGCACGAAACUCCCCCGUAUUCCACUGAGGCGACAGAAACUGCCCAAAGUAGUCGUAGCGCACCACGACCAAGAGAACACCUUCAACUGCAGCUUCAUCGAGCCCCCCUCGGCGGCCGAGCAGCCUUCCCCCUCCUCCUGGUCGUCCCAAGAGUCUUUCUCUUCCUUUGAGAGCAGAGACGAGGGGCCAGUUUACUGUUUGCCCCACGAAGAAUCUUUGAAUGAAAGCAAAGAGAAGGGCAGCCCCAACCCAGCAACGGAGAAGCCAGAAGCUGUCCCUAAUGAGGAUGAUGCAGGGGAGUACACCUCCUUGAAAGACACCAGUGUGGCAAAACCAGAGGGCGGUGAGCAGCCCCUGCUCAAGUCCUCUGACAGCGAAGGCUCCACCAGUGGCUCUGAAUCCACCACUGCGGCUCUCUACGCUCGCAUCGCUCGCCUCUCCAAGCAGUCCAAGGAGGACGAUGGCAGCGGCAAGGACGGGGAUGGCACUCCAACACCGGAGGCAAAGCGCAACGGGAAGCCGCCGCCUUCACCUGGCAAGCCCAAACCACGCCCACCAGACCCGUCCACUAAGCCCAAAGUGUCGUGGAUACACGGCAAUACCAUGGGGUCUCCACAGCCAGAGAAUCAGGGGCAUGGGGGAUUGAAGGCACUCGCUGUGCCAAAGGAGAAAAAGAGGAGCUCCAGCGAUGGCUCGGCCAAGAGCGAGGAGCGGCAGAAAAUGAAGGAGAGGAGUCGUGAGCAACAGAAGAAACAAGAGGGGAAGGAGGCAGACGUCAAUGGCUCUCCCAGUAGACACAAACCUCUGCGAGGUAAGAAGUCUGGGGAUGAGCCGAGCAGUCCCAGUCACAUGGAGCACAUCAAUGGUGUGGUUCAUAAUGCCCUCAAGAAGAUAAGCAGCUUCCACAGCUCCUCAUCUGAGAAGAAAGGUGCUGAGAGUCCAAAGGAGAGCCGCAAGGAGCCCCCCAAGAGCCCCAAGGUCAUCCACCCUCAUAUGAACUCUGAGGCUGCCACACUCCUGGCUGCUCAGCUCAAGGAGAAAACCCAAAGCAUCAACAGGAACGAGGGGACGGGUUUGACGAAGACCAACGGGCUUUCCACACCCAAGGGAAACCGGGAGAAGCCAACACCUCCACAGAAAGCCAAGAGGAACCCCUCCAGUGGAUUUAGCCAGCAGAGCCCAACCAAGCCCCUGCUGCCCACCUCGAGCAGCCUCCAUAAGAUGGUGACACCCGGCGCCAAUGACCUCGGGACCCCUGAAGCCAAGAGCCCGGAGAAGCAGGACUUGAACGGCUCAAGGGCAGGGGACCCGAUGUUUGAUCCGACACCAAAGAAGACUCCCAUGAAAAAGCCACCCAGGAAGAAAGGCAAGGAGGGUACUUUGGACACUUCAGAAAGUAAAACACCCCAGCACAAGACAGCCAUUAUGCCACCACAGGUAGUGAAAUAAAUGUGCUCAUAGACAAAUGUUGUGAUGGAUACCAAGGAGACUAUAAUGGAUUUGUUGCAAGGUGAACGCCGUAGUUUUUCAAUCAAGGAAUUUAAACAUUUUCUGAGUGUGCUGCGACUCCAGGACCAGUCAAGAGUGAGAAAUGCUUCUAAGUCAAAGGUGCAGUUGAGUCGUAUUGGUGAGUUGUAUUAUAAUGACCUCUAUACACCAUUGUAUUUCAUUUCAAGAAUCCCUUUUAGUGUAACGACUAUGUAUCAAGCUCACGCCACAACCUGUGGCUAAGCCGGACACAACAGUGGCGCACAGACAUAAUCCAUAGUUCAUUCAUCUCUAUCCCUCCACCACUAUAUUUAUAUAUGGAUUGCUUUUGGGGUUGCAUUACUGUAAUUUGCUGAGGUGUCAGAAAAAUAGCUAUGUUUAAUGUACGUGUUCCGAAGGUACUAAGGGUACAAAAAAUAACAAGAAAAUUUAGAUCCUCUGGGUAUUGCAAGCUAUUAUGUUUAGUUUUUUGUUUUGUUCUUGGACCAACAUGCAUUAAUACGGUUCUAUACCUUAAGCUGCCCUCAUCAUUCUUUAUGUCAAGGCCAUUCUUUGCAGAUGAAGGUCAACUUAAUUAUGUCAAUUAAGAGCAAUACCUUUUGUUAGAGAACGUCUUAAGCAAGAAGUUAUGCUACAUUUAGGACUUACUCUGUGCAUGUGAGUCACCUUGAAUUCAUCGCUGAGCUUUAGCGUUGGUCUCCAGGCUCUUACCUCCAGCAAUUGUAUUUCAAGUCUUUUGUCCAACUCUAUCAAACAUGGUUUUGCAGAACCCUUAAAAGUGCUUUGAUCUUUCUGUAAAAAGGGCCGUUUUAAACCUCUUUCAUACUCCGGCUAACACCAAAUCACCAGAAUGUUCUCUUACUGUACCCUUUUAUUCAGUCAGCUAAACCACGAAACCAAAAAUGAAAUCCAGAGCUAUUCUAUUUCCUCUCUUUAUGCCAUGCUUGUAAAUCACUUAAAACUCACUCAUUUUCUCUGUAAUAGAGGAACAUCUGCAAUUUCUCUAUGCUGUAUUUCAGAAAAACAGACUGCGUAAUCCAGCAAAUCAGAUGCAAUAGAUGGUUUUGUCAAAGUAAUGACUCUCAGUAGUAUUCUCUACAAAUCUGACUACAGAAGGAGACUGCCAUGUGCCAUAAUCUGUUCUUUUAGUUUUGUUGAGAAACUAGGCCAAUAUCGCCAACUGAGCAACUCCCAUUUCAUAUGUAUUUGUUUACGCCAUCGGGUGUUGUGUAGAAAAGAACAUCUCGCCAAGGAUGUUUUGUCCCUUAAGGAUCAUUUUAUCUUAAACUAGUAGACUCAAGCUGAAAUGACAGGGUGCUUAAUUUCAUUUUCUUUAGGGUGAGACUGAAAGGCUAAAUGGUACCGUGCCUCGAGUGUUACAAUGUGCCUCAACUGUGGAU